UACUUAAUUGGCGAAUUCUUUAUUAAUUGAGCGCGUAUGUGCAGUGAAUAUUCGGGUGAUGGGGGUCACGUUAGAACAGAAGAAGGAAGAGAAGAAGACGAAAGCGAGGCCCCGGUGAGGCUCAUUCGGCUCUCUCGCAAAAUUUGAGGCAGCAACAGCAAAAUUCACGCCUGCGGUCUCCCUCAAGGCAGGUCAGCAGUUACACACUUCCUCCGACAAAAUCGUCUCGAGCGCGUCGGAAGCGCCCGCUCCACGAUUGCUGCAAGUCUUCCAUCGGACCGCCUGCCCCACAGUCGUGCGAGUCUUCCACCCACCGGGCCGUGGUCCGCGGUGUUCUGUAGCUCUCUUCCGACUACGGUGCUCUACGCUGCCUCGAAGACCGCCAUCCGAGCGAGAGACGUGUACGAGCCCCGCGGCAACACACAUCGUGUAGCCGUUGGCAACUACAACAACACCAAAAAGAGUGUCGCUGCUGUUACGUCGCCCAGGCGAAAGACGCUGACGUCAUGCCCCUCCCGCGCCGUGAAAAGACAGCGUACAACGACAUCCGGCAGCCCGCUACCGAUGAGGUGCCGCACAUUCCGAGGCUGCCGCAGGGCCCGGUGUGCAUCAAGCAGUCCGUCAAGAAGUACAGGGACCGCGUGAUGCCCGAUUGGUUCCAAAAGGUCACGGAGGAAGCUGACAAGUGCCAGAAGCUCAAGAUGGGACGGGCUCGCUACGCCAAGGACGACGGCGGCCCGUCGGCAGGACCCAAGGAAAAAUCAAAGGACAGUCGCCCUAAAAACGUCACCAUCGGGACGGCUGCCUCGGAGGUCGCUAGCGGUGCCCUUCUGUGCCGGCAGUGUCUGGGCCCGGGAGCGGCGGGAAGCCCCUACCGGGGCCCGCUGCUUAGCUGCUACUACCGACAGUACGCGCGUGACUCAGGCGUGUGCCAGUCUUUUGUGCCGCUGCUGCACACGAUGCGGCUCAGCGAGGCGCUCAGGGCGCCCCAGCUGAGCCCCGUGCAACAGCGGAGCAGGCGCCCUCUCCCGCGCGCCGCUUGCGCUAUCAGGUAAAAUCCGAUAGCCAAGACGAAUCGUUGCCAGCACCAAAGGGAAGAAAAUCGUCGAGAAGUAGAGGCAAACCGAAGGCUGACAAAGUGGCGAUGGAGAACGAGGUGGAAGAAAGCAAGUGAAUCUAUAAAGUGCUUGCCGGGGCCCCGAGAGCUUGCUCUGACUGUCGUCACAUUAAUUAAUUGAUUCGUUAGUUACUAAGUUGGUUAGUCAGUUAGUUAGUUAGUUAGUUAGUUAGUUAGUUAGUUAGUUAGUUAGUUAGUUGAUUCAUUCAUCACGAUGCCAUCGUUAGUGUCUCGCUGAAAGUCGGCACCUCGUUUCUGCAUGGCGCUGUCAGAAAGCGAUGUUUCUAGUUAAUUUAUUUCGCCACGCGCAGUGAAUUGUAAAUAGCGGUUUUCCAAAUACACUGAACCUUUUCACAGCGUCGAUAACUGUUAACUGAAACGUAUGCUGAGCACGUGUUAUUCGAAACUUGUGAAGAGCCCACGGCUUCUGCUACACGAAGAUGACUUCAUUACUCGUCACGUUUCUGUUAUGCAAUGGGGCUGUACGCCGAACAGCGAAUGAUCACAAAGUUAACUAGUGAAAAUUAGUUAACUUGACACUGCGAGUUCAAGUAAUACGACUGAUGGGACAGAAUAUCGUUAGCUGCCACGGUAGAUUUCUAACGAUUCUGCUUUCUAUAUUAGAACCACCGGCGAUACGGUGCAAUCGACCGCAUGCUGGUAAUUAUUGGGACCAUAGGUAGCAUUUGGAAGAGAUCUUGUAUGUAAUAUGCGUCAUAAGCGUCAAUAAACGAUUCCAUUUA